GUGUGGUGGGGGGGGGGCGGUGUUGGCAUCGCGACCGUUUCACUUACGUCGGUUCUGUUUACGACAGCUCCGGCCGUGGCUGCGGGAGCUGAGGAGAGCCUCUCGGUGCCCCGCCGACCCCCGGAGACACCGGUUACCGUGCGUCCAGCAAAUUCCGGCGUUCUCAUCAUGGAGGCAGAACAGAUGAUGGAGGGGCAGCCGCAGGUUCCAGAAAAUCCCCAUUCUGAAUACGGUCUCACUGAAAAUGUAGAGAGGAUAGUAGAAAAUGAGAAAAUAAAUGCAGAGAAAACAUCAAAGCAGAAGGUGGAUCUUCAGUCAUUACCCACGCGUGCCUAUUUGGAUCAGACAGUUGUCCCUAUCUUGCUACAGGGACUUGCUGUUCUUGCAAAAGAGAGACCACCAAAUCCCAUUGAAUUUCUAGCAGCAUAUCUUUUAAAAAACAAGUCACAGUUUGAGGACCGAAAUUAGUUCCAUAAAAAGGAGGACAAUUUGGCUGCUACACUGAAAUGUUCAUUUGCCACAAUUCGUUUUCUUCUGUAAAAAUCCUUUGGAAAUGUGAUGUUGUCUUUCUUAAUCGCACAAUUUGCUUUACCUUUUGAAUUAUUUAAUAAAGAACACUUUACAUUUAAUUUGUUCACUUGUUUUAAACUAGCUACUGAGACACUUUCAAAAUAAAGUACCAAAACUGCA